UGUGUUUUAUUUUCAGCUCAAGCUUGUGCAGAUGUUCUGGCAUUAGCCAAAGAAGCUAGAAAGCGAAAUCUUGGUCCUCUUCAUCCUUCCUUUAAUGUGAUAAAGAUAAUAAGAGAGGGACUAAUGAGAAAUCUUCCUGAAAACACUCACCAGUUGUCAUCGGGCAGACUGUGUAUUUCACUAACCAGAGUAUCAGAUGGUAAAAAUGCAUUGAUAUCUAAUUUUAACUCUAAAGAAGAAGUUGUCCAGGCUUUAAUCUGUAGUUCAUUUGUCCCUAUUUAUUGUGGCCUAAUUCCACCAUCGUUUAGAGGUGUGCGCUACGUGGAUGGAGGAAUCAGUGACAACUUACCUCACUAUGAAUCUAAGAAUACCAUCACAGUUUCGCCUUUUGCUGGGGAGUGUGAUAUCUGUCCAAAGGGGAAUUCUGCCAAUUUUCAUGAAAUGAAUGUGACCAACACCAGCAUUCAGCUCAGUUUGGGUAACCUUUAUCGUUUAACACAAGCACUCUGUCCACCAGAACCUAAGGUACUAGGAGAGAUCUGUGAGCAAGGAUAUUCAGAUGCUCUUAAAUUCUUGAAGGAGAAUGGUAUGUUAACACUUGUGAAUAAUUAUCGAUGA